UGUAUGUACGGACAUGUACGAAAAGUACCGAAUGCCACGUAACAAACGUGCACAGAUGAUAUUGUGACGCCGAUUUCGGAAUUCUUUUCCUGUUGUAUAAACAAUUAUUCUCAUUAACAUGGAUCUAGCAUAUUUAUUUUGCCUUUUGUUAGGCAUCUUUAUAUUUAAUGUCAACGCGUUAAUGUUUCACGUAGACCCAAAUCAGAAAAAAUGUCUGCAAGAGGAAAUUCACAAAGAUGUUUUGGUAACCGGCGAAUAUCUAUUAGAUGACGCUCCUGGACAGAAAACAAACCUAGCUGUAACUGAUACAAAAGGACAUAUUUUAUACAGCAAAGAAGAUGCCACAAAAGGCAAAUUUGCAUUCACAACAGAAGAGUAUGACAUGUUUGAAAUCUGCUUUGAAUCGAAAAUGGUUUCAGGUAGCCAAGGCCCGGCUAGGGCGGUCUCUCUGAACAUGAAGCAUGGUGUAGAGGCCAAGAGCUACGAUGAUCUUGCCAAGGCGGAGAAGUUGAAGCCCCUGGAAGUAGAGCUGCGCAGGCUGGAGGAUCUCUCUAAGUCCAUUGUGGAUGAUUUUGCCUUCAUGAAGGCCCGUGAGGAGGAGAUGAGGGACACCAACGAGCGGACCCACUCAUAUGUGAUGUACCUGAGCGUCCUGUCCAUGCUGUGUCUUCUGGGCCUGGCCACAUGGCAGGUGCUCUACUUGCGUAGAUACUUCAAAGCAAAGAAGCUCAUAGAAUAAUCCACACAUAUUUGUUGUUCAGGGACUUACGUUUCAUAUGCAGCUUACAUUUGGGUGGGGUAGACAGUGUUAUAAAUUAUGUGGACUGGUAUAGCUUGGAAGGACUUUUUAUCCCCCGCCAUCGGCGGAGGGAUAUUGUUUUGGCGGUGUCUGUCCGUCUGGAGCCAUAUCUUGGAAGUGCUUUGGCGGAUUUCAUUUAAACUUGGUACGAGUAUAUAUAUGGAUAAGAGGAUGAUUCAUGCCAAAUGGCAUUGUACACCAUCUAUGAAUAACAGAGUUAUGGCCCUUUGUAUCUUGAAAAAAUUAACUUUUGUGUCCAGAAGCACACUGGCGGGGGAUAUCAAUUCAACGAAUUUGCUUGUUCUUGAAAUCUGUAAUCAUGUUGAAAGUUAAUAAGAAAUAUUCAAAAACAGAAAAAGAUGUUUUAAGUAUUGGAUUAGUUAACAGAUUUUUUCAAAGUUAAAGUGCUGUUUUUCUAAUUAUGCUGGUCUGGUUUAAGACUAUUGUUUCUCAAUACUUCCUGAAACAAAGGUCUUACAUUUGUGUGCAUUGAUAGGCAGAUGAUUAAUCAUUAUGAUUACGUUUUCAUUGCACUCAUUGUUAAUGAUAUUACUUUAUGUUUGAUGCUUAAAGUCUGUGUAACAAGUACUUUUCAUAAAUGUGGUCAGUACUUUUCAUUAAUGUGGUCUAACAAAAUCAUUUUGUUUAAUUAAAUUUCAUAGAGUAAACAGCAAUAAUUGCUGACUUAAACUCUUGGAAUUUUUUAAAUGAUGAUCCAUGUGAAAAGUGACAGUUUGUCAAACAUGUGCAUAGAAAUAAGAAGAUGCUGAGUUAUGUCAUAUCCUAAUGGUGGUAGGUUGUUCCAUGAACCUACAAACAUUAGUACGGACAACGCCACUAUUAUUGUUUUUGUGUGAUGUUCAAAAGUCUUAUACAUGUUACCGUUGUGGUUGAGAUACUAGACAUGCAAGCCUGAAUUAUCCCUUUGACUUUUAGUUUGUGUUCAGUUUCCUAGAUAUAUUCAGUCAUUUAAUGUGAAAUUGUUUUAUAAGUUUUUUUUUAUUGUAAAGCUAGUUUAUCUGUUGCUUUCUAUAAACAUUUAAGAUAAUUAUCUUGUGUUUUGUUUAUUUGUGUUUUCUUAUUGUUGUUUGAAAAAAGAUUGAGAGCAAAGUCAUGUUAACAGUUAAGGUUCUUUAGUCAGUAUUGGAGAUGUAUUCAUAUUAUUUCAAACUCAAAUCUAAUUCUAUAUAUAACACAUACCAAGUGAAUGACACUAUAAUUAUGCCAGUGAAGUAUAGUAUUAUUUGGUUGAAAUAUCGUGUCAAUAUACUGCGUUAUUAUAGAGGAUUAGUUUUAUUGAUUUACAAAUAACAAGAAUAUGUGAAUUUUGUCUAAAUGUUUAUAUGUAUGAAGGUCCGUCUGCUUUUUAUGUGACAAAUGGAACUUUUAUUCAUUAUUUAAAUUAUAAUAUUGUUUUUCAGUGAAAUUGUUUGAUUACUGGUAUGUAACAGUAAAUUAUAUAAAUUAGUUGGGGUAAGUUGUCGUUUUCAUUUUAUAAUGGCUUUAUGUAUGUGUGUGCUUACUGCUUAGCUUUUUUUAUUGCAAAAAUGCUGUUUUAAAACUUUAUAUCAUUCACUUUUCAUAUCUUUGUUUUCCAAGAUCUUUUGAUGUUGUGGUUAUAUCAUGAGGUAAACACAAAACUUUCAAACAGAUAAUAAAUGUUAAAUCUUGCAUUGUUCGGGAAAUUAGUGAGGUAUUUUAGUAUGCAUCCAAUGAAGUUUUUACUUGUAUACAAUAUACAAACUCUCUGACAUUUUGCUUUCAGCUGAUUAAUUCUUUUGAUUUGCCUUUAGGCUUAAUGUUAUUAAAUUAUAUUUUAAUGUUACAUGGAAUUCCGUAUUUGAUUAGUUAAGUUGUACAACUACUUUAAUGUAUAUAAACAUUUUGAAAUCAUUACAUUUGUAUUUAAUGUACAAAGAAAUAGUUUCAAUGUUGUGAUACAGUUUACAAUUGCUAAGUCCGAUGAAUAAUUCUGGGCAACUGAGUAUUGAUGCAUGUUUUCAUGUGAAAUUAGCAUUUCUCAUUUAAUUUUUAGAAUAAAUGUUCAUUCCUGUACAAAAUAGAGAUUUUAAUUAAAUACUAUUCACAUAAUAACUGUGUGAAUGAAAAAAAGUCACAUACAACCAAGUCUUGUUCGUUUUCUAUGAAUGAAUGUUUGUAAGGAUAAUCUUUCAAAAUUACAUAAAGUGCGUUAUGAUGUUAUUGAAAAAUAUUUAACAAAAAUAAAAUAUGUAGAAGUUCAAA